CCGCACGGGCUCUAUUGCGCUGCCAAGCCCGACGAGCCCGCCUGCAUGCCUUGCGGACUUGGUUACAGUCGAGCUGCGAUGCUACUCAGAAAUGGCCGCGUCCAUCCUCAAUUGCAUCUCUGCCCCGUGCCUCGAUUAUCUCGCUCUCCAGAUGAACCAUGUCCGCCCUCCCGAAUCGAGAGCGCUUAUGGAGUUCCUUGCGCGCUCGCAUGCGCCGCUCAGGAAGCUGCGGGUCAAGACGGACGGCGCCUACUUUGUCAAUGACUGUCUACCAUAUAUGCCCGCAUUGGAGGACCUCGCGAUACUCCGUAAUCAUGGAGACAGGAAUACGUUGUGGGGACAGGAACAGGAGGUGUUCGUGUCCGUGCUGCACCACCACUGGCCUUUGGUGUGUCCGCUGCUACAGACGAUUGAACUUGAUCGCUGCGCGGGCGUGGAUGACGAGUGGCUUUCACGCUUCUUGCGCGCACGCACGGACCGCGGAUCUUCUCGAGGGGAGUGCGCCUUACGUUCAGUGAAAGUGCGCUUCCUGGAGCCGCAGCCCAGUCUGCGUGAGGUGGCUGAGACCACCCCAUUCACGGUGGAAGGUGUCGAAGUCCACGUGCGGUGGGACGAAUGGCGGCCGGCGCGGACAUAUUCCCCGGGGCUCGGUGCCAGCGAGGAGGAGAUUGUCAAUGUAUGUGAAGAGGACAGAGCCUGACGUAUUCGAGAUGAUAGUACGAUUUUGCUAGAGCCCACCAUAUCGCGCAGUUCUUCGUAAUGUACUUG